AUGUCCACUUUAGCAAACCCACCCAGCAUCCUGAAAAUGCCACAAGAGAUUAAGAAAAGCUGUGGAGACAAACAGGUAGAAAUCACAGUUGAAAGAAUAAAAAUGGCAAAGAGUCUCAAAGAAAAACAAAGCAAUGAUUUAGAGAAAGUGGCCUUUAAACGGAAGGCAGAAGGUGAUGAAAAGCCAGCUGGAAAGAAAGAGGCAAAGAUAAUAGAACUUGACAGUCUGUUGAUCACCAUGCCCCUGCCUCAUAUCCCCUUAAAGAAUAUCAUGGAUGUGGAGGGGAAGUUGGUCUACGUUGAUGAAGAGAACGUGAGCUAUGAGUUUGUAGAGUGCGACCCGUCCACUGGGAAUCAGCCAACAUGCCAAGCUGCUGAAAUAACGGACCCUUUGCGUGGACCUAACUUCAGCGUUCUGCCUCAGAUUGACAAAUGGCUUCAGGUAGCCUUAAAGGAUGCCAGUUCUUGCUAUAGACAGAAGAAAUAUGCCGUGGCAGCAGGACAGUUCAGAACAGCACUGGAGAUCUGCAGCAAAGGAGCAGUUCUGGGAAAACCAUUUGAAGCAUCUGCUGAAGAUAUAGCUAGUGUGGCAAGUUUCAUUGAGACAAAGCUUGUUGCAUGCUAUCUGCGAAUGAGGAAACCUGACCUUGCCCUGAAUCAUGCGCACAGGAGCAUUGUUUUAAACCCUGCCUAUUUCCGAAAUCAUCUUCGUCAGGCAACAGUGUUUAGAUGUCUGGAGAGAUAUUCAGAAGCUGCCCGGAGUGCCAUGAUUGCUGACUACAUGUUCUGGCUCUGUGGAGGAAGUGAACAUGGUGUAAGCAAGCUCAUCAAACUGUAUUGGCAGGCCAUGAUUGAAGAAGCGAUCACCAGAGCGGAAUCUUUCUCAGUUAUGUACACACCAUUUGCAACAAAAAUCAGAGCUGAUAAAACAGAAAAAGUAAAAGAAGUUUUCACAAAAAUUCAUCCUGCAUACAUGGAGUAUAUCUACACAGACUUUCAAGGACUCCACGUAUUGCCUCAGACAGUUGACUGGUCAUCUUUUCCUCCGCAACAGUAUCUCUUGACUCUUGGGUUCAAAAACAAAGAAGAUGGAAAGUUUUUGGAAAAAGCGUUAAGUAGGAAGUUACCAACAUUUACAGAACAUAAAACUCCCUUCGGUCUGCUGACCAAAGAAGACACAGUGAGACACAUGGAGACAAUGGGGAAGCGAAUCUUGCCAAUAUUGGAUUUUAUUAGAGGCACCCAACUGAAUGGGAGUUUUUGGGCGUGCUCGGGUGUGAUGGAGAAGUUGCAAUAUGCCAGCCUUCUCAGCCGGCUGCAGAGAGUAAAGGAGCAGUCCCAGGUGAUCAAUCAAGCAAUGGCCGAGCUAGCAACCAUCCCCUAUCUGCAGGACAUCAGUCAACAGGAGGCAGGGUUGCUGCAGUCACUAAUGGCAGAUGCUAUGGACACCCUUGAAGGAAGAAGAAACGAUAAAGAACGUGUGUGGAAUACAAUUCAAAAGGUUGGACGAAUUGAAGAUUUUCUAUACCAAUUAGAGGAUAGUUUCUUAAAAACUAAAAAACUGAGAACUGCUCGAAGGCAAAAAAGAAAAAUGAAGCGGCUUCAAACUGUACAGCAAAGCUAA